UGAUAACACACUCAACCACAGAUGGUUGAGCAAGGCUGCAAGAGAGUGAGGGAGCAAAAGCGGGUGCAGAGACAGACAGAAAGAGAGAGACAGGAGAAGAGAGGAAGGGAGAGUAUAAGAAAGAGUGUGGGAGGCAUCCGUCUCUCUGGUAGUAUUGCAAAAGCAACUGAGAGAAGAGGAGAGAGGAGAUAGUACAUGGUCUAUGAACGCCAAGAAAUCUUCUGCCUGCUGUUUACUUUGGACUCCGGGGACGGAUGGAUGCUCACGCUCAUAACAUGCCGGCAUAAUUGAGCUGCCGCUGCAACUGGGAAGAACUGAACUGUUCUAAAUGUUUUGUCUUCACAGAGGCACAGAGCAGGAAGAAAGCAGGAUGUGGUAUUUCAUGUGUGCCAUAUAUAAGCGUUUGUGUGUAUAACGGGGGCUCUCAGGUGAGCAGGGUUAACUUGAAACCAACGUGUAAACUGACUCCUUGACACCAUUGUUUGCCGAUGUGUGUGUGCGAGACAGUUACAUGCUGGGUAUGAGCGUGCACAUGUGUGUAUGUUAAGCUGCAAAUGACCAGGUGAAUAUACUGUAUAGUGUGCGCGUGUUUGUGACACCGGCGUCAGAGCGUACACAUAGGAGGAAGUGACACGUCUGUGCUCGCUCUCGGAUUUCCUGGUCCCCUCUCCGGUGGCACGCAAAGUGCUGAAUCCUAGCCCAGUUCACCUGUCUCGCCCUCACAGGUGGGACUUUAACUCUCCGGAUGCACCAGCAGAGGAGCGCUGACUUUUUCUGGAUGAGUAAAGGACAGUUAUAUGCACGCAGACUCUGAUUGUGGCCGAGUGUCACAUCAGCCCUGCCUUUUUUGGAAAAAUAAACCAGCACUUCCUCAAGCCGUCAACGUGCUGCUUCGUUGCUGCACUUGUACCGGUGGCCAUCUCUGGACUUCUCCAUGACUGUCAACACAGUGCCGACCCCCUCCAUGACCAGCAGUAACAGCAUGAGCAGCGGGUACUGCAGCCUGGAUGAUGAGAGCGAAGACUUCAGUUUCUUCACAGCCAAGACCUCGUUCUUCGGCAAGCCCAAGCAUGCAGCUAAGCAGAAUGAAGCAAAGGAGGAAGAGGAGAGAGGAACAAAGGACCUGUCAGAGGAAGAAGUGCGGACAAGGAUAGAAGAGUAUAACACUCAAGUCUCUGAAAAUGGCAUGAAACUGGCUUCAGACGGAUCCUACACAGGCUUCAUUAAGGUCCACCUGAGGCUCAGUCGACCAGUCACAGUCCCCGAUGUAAAGGCGAACCACAAUCAAGCACCGUCAGAGUGCCAGGAAGGGAAGGACUGUGGGCAGAGUGAAAAGAGAACAUCCUUCUACCUACCAUCCGAUUGUGUGAAGCAGCUCCACAUAAGCUCUCUGACCACCACCAGAGAGGUCAUCCAGGCCUUGCUGAAGAAAUUCAUGGUGUUGGACAACCCCAGCAAGUUUGCACUGUACAGGCAGACGCACCGCGACGGACAGGAUUUGUUCCAGAAGCUUCCUCUAUGCGAGCGUCCACUUCUUCUGAGGUUGAUAGCAGGGCCUGACCCAGGGCACCUCAGCUUUGUCCUUAAGGAAAAUGAGACUGGAGAGGUGGAGUGGCAUGCAUUCUCUGUCCCUGAGCUACAAAACUUCUUGGUAAUCCUGGAGAAGGAGGAGUCGGAGCGUGUGCGGGCAGUGGAGCAAAAAUAUGCUCUGUACCGACAGAAACUACAACGGGCCCUUCAACAACAUGACCCCUAACACCUCACCUGUUACCUAAUGACUUCAGCCCAGGGAGAGACUGACCCAUUGACCCCUAAAGACCCCGUGACCUAUUCAGAGACUGGAGCCGGAGCUGAAUUGGUCUCCACCCUCCACAUAUACACCCAAACAUACAGUACAUCCACACACAGAUGCAUACCCUUUCUCAGGACGCAUACGAGCCCCCCCACCACCACCAUCCACACGUCCACUCGUUGAGGAGGGAAUCAGGGGUUGAAAGCGACAUGAAAGGCUACAGUGUGUGUGGUCUGCUAGCCGAUUGGACAAGUGGUGUUUUCAUUGCCAAGGACAAGGAUCUGAAACUCCAAAUUGAAAUCUCAUUUGGGACUGAUGUUAACCAAUGGUGUUUUUAAAGAUUCCUUAGUUUUCUGCUACUGCUGCUGCUGCUACUGCAAGUGUUACUUAAUGCAUGAGUCUCUCUCAGCUCAUCCCCCUGCACAUAGAGUUAGAAGUAAAACAGAAGGCAUGAUUACUUUUUUCAGCAUCUCUUUGUGAUGGAAGGACAAUCAUACUGUUCCUUUUUUUUUCUUUCUUGGAAUUGAUGUAUAAGAUUAUCACAAGAUGUUUUAUUUUUCUGCUGGAAUAUAAGAUUUGCGAAGGAGGUGUUAAGGAUCAAGGUUGGAAGCAGAAUGCUACUUUGGAUGCUACAACAAGAAAGAAAGAAUGGAAAAAUUAAGAAAGUGAGAUCCAUUCUCUGAUUUUUCUCAGGGAGCACGUGUUGAGCAAAGAGAAAACCUAAAGGAGGAAAGAAACCGAAUUCCACACCUACACAACCCCUAUUUUAGCCCACUUUGACCGAUAUCUCUGCCUUCUUUAUUUGUUCCAAUCAUUCCAUUUUCCUCCCUUAAUGCCACGUGAAAAGAUGUGCGUGAAGGUGCUUCGCUGACAGGAAGUUGAGUCCGACCCAGUAACCAAUCUUCUCCUCACAGGUGUUAGCUGUGAUUUAAUUUCCCCCUCCCUUAAUCCUUAACUAACCAACCUUUGCAUGAUCUCUACCUGCAGAUGAAGCCUACUGAUCGAGGCAAUCCAACAUACCUUCACAGAUUUUACGCUUUAUUGUAAAAGUGAUUUUAGGCUGUUACGGUAUAUAGGUUGCAUUUGAAUGUGAGAGGACUUUUACACCAAAGCUUCAAAGGGACAAAUCUAUCGAAAGGAUUUUAAAGGGAUUUGGAAGUUUAUCUAACUAAAGGUGGUGUAUGUAAAAAUGAAACCGGCUUCUGUUUUUGCACAUAUAGAUGCAGGUCACUGAAUGGCCCACAAAUGGCGGGGCAUGCAUUUCUGCUUCUUUUUUCUUUUAUCUCCCACACCUUCCACCCCAAAAAAAGAAACAAAAAAUAUAUAGAAUUCAUGAUAAUGGCUAUGAUGUACCAAUGAUGUGUUUGCAAUGCAUAUGUAUUAUGUAGACACUGGAAAAAGAGUGACAAGGUUUUAACUUUGUUGUUGUUACAAUGAAAAUUAAUAUUCUUUUGGUAUCAUUCCUACUGGUUGGUGUGUGUGUGUGUGUGUGUGCGUGUAUGCGUGUGUGCGUGUGUGCGUGCAUGCCUGUGCUCAUCCAGGGCACUGAGGACAAUGUGAAUAUUGUUUUAUAGUGAGUGUUUGCGUGUCAUCAGCGCUCCCUCAUUGGGCCUCACUUAUGGAGUAUUAAAACAUGCAUUUAGUGCACAUGUAUUAUUAUACAUUACAACUGCGAAUUUGGUUGUUUUGUAAAAGGUAUUUGGCAUGCAUGUAUCAUAAUAACGAUUGCAUUUAACCAAAGCAUUUACAUUUUACACACAGACAUCUUUUAUUUAAUACCAUAGAAAUACUGAUAAAUGAGGCCCAUUGUCCAUAAGCACAUGCUUCUCAGUAAACCCAAACCUGUUUCAUAUUUUUAACGCCACCCUCCAAAGCCCAAGCUUUUCCUGCUGGCAGUGCCUUUUGUUUCAUGUGCACCUGUGUGUGUUUUUGUAAGGUGUGUUUCAGCACACACACACGCCUAAAUGUAUGUAUGGGUGCUUUUGCAUGUGUGCAAAUCUGUCUUUCUUGGGUGGUGCAUAUGUCAUUUUUCUUUCUCCCCCCCAGCGCAUAGUCUUUCCAAUAAACCCUCUCUGUGUCUGUGUGUGUGUGUGUGUGUGUGUGUGUGGGUGGUGUGUGUUAUUUAUUUUUUAGUCCACCUCAUCCAUAGGAUAUUUUGUCAUGGAUGUUUGAGACUUAAUGCUUUUUUGCAAUUUGUUUUGUUUUAACUGAAGAAGUGUGUAUAAAUAUAGCAGUAGAACUGUACAGAAUAUAAACUGAAAUAAAAAGGUCAUCCCUUUAUUGAAA